UGUUUCUGUCAUCAUUCACAUCAGUGAUUCAAAUGUGAACAGUGUGAAUGUUCACAUUCAAUGAUAAUGUACCACUCUGAAUGUUUACCACACUGCUCUGUAGGCAAUUAUGUUUUCACUACUGUGAAUGUUCACAUCUGAAGCAGUGAAUGUGACUGAUCACAUUGACUCAUAACAUAAUUCUGUGAAUGUUCACAACAGUGCCACAUCGCUCACGAUUCCCAGAUGUGAAUGUUCACAUUCAAUGAUAAUGUACUACUGGGAUGUUCACAACAAUGCCACUGUGAUUAAUGUUCACAUAGGUUGCCAUUACUCUGCAAAUGCUAAAUAACAAUAUGCGUUUCUUGUUUUAUUGAAGUACUGGUUGUGUGAGCACACAACCGCCCUCCAACCUCACAGACCCAAUGCUUUUCCUCGCUGUGUGAAGUGGGAUCUGACUGCUUUGCAGAAGAAGAUGAAAACCAUCUCCUUAGCAGAUUUGGGUUUUAAUGAGGUUAAUGCAGGUGAACUCUUUGCAAUCCCAACAGAAUUACAAAAGUUCAAGCGUAAAACAUUGAAGGUGGAGCCUGAAAUUUAUGAACCAGGCAGAAAAUCUCCCAACAUUUCUGACAUCAAGGGAGAACAACACAGUGGCAGCAACUCCCACUUUUCUGGGGAUGGGGUAGACCUGAAGGACAGUGAUGAGGACAUUCACAUUCCAUUUAGUAGCCAACAUUAUGACAGAGCUAUUGUAAUACCAGACACAAACCAACCUGAUAUCAUUGAUGUGCUUAUCCAAGAAAAUCGGAAGGCUUGGGGCGUCAUAAGGCAAUGGGAAGCAAAGUACAAACACCUUCAAUUUUCAUGGGAGUUGAGGGCAAGAGUCAUAGCUGAUCUUGAACAUAUAUUGUUUAACCAGUCCAGCCCGCCCAACGUGAAUAUCGAAAUGAAGAAGUCCAUGGAGCAGAAUGAUCAAGAAAUCAAACGCUUAACGCAGCUGGUCAUCGACUUAGAAUGCGAUAAAACAAUUCUUCAGGAUCUUUACGAUGACCAGUCAGUCCACAUUAUCACACAAGCUAUGUCAGAAAGGCAACCCCCUAGCCCAAUGCAACACAAUAUCAGCCCACCUUCUAGGGUCAAGCGUAUAAAGGAAAAAGAUCGCAAAGAACAUCGCCUGCCUGACUUCCAAUACCCAGACUUACCUGGCCAAAAGCAGCCCCAUCCAGUCGAAAUGGUUGAAGAUGUGGAGGAACACCCACCAGCGAAGCAGCCAAAAAAAUUAUCCUUUACCAAGAAGUUCAAAGUCUAGGCCAAGAUGUCCAAACAUGACAAACAAAAGGUCCAAGGUUUACAAAAAACUGGAGGCGAUGAGUAAGUGACUGUGCAAACAUCCAAUGUUAACAUUCACAUUCCGUAAUAGUCUAUAUUCCUCACUGUGUUCAGUUUUUUUGGGUUGUUGAGAUAUAUGCAAUGUGAAUAUUUACAUUGGUUUGUUAAUAAUGCACAGGCUGCUGGUGUGGAAAGGAGAUUCGAAAGCUAUACAUGUGUAUUUUGAUGACAUUGUCAACCUUAUCAAGGAGGAAUCAAUACACAGCAAUCUCAUAGAUGCAUAUGCUGAACUGUUGCAUGAACAACAAGAGGUGGUCAACCCAACUUCAGAUGAAGCCUCAUUGAUCUUCACGAGCAUGUGUUUGAAAGUGAUACGAGAGUACCAUCCUCGCAAAAGGAGUAAACACAUUGACGCACAUGUCAAAAACUACCAAGGAGAGAGAUACCUACUAUUCCCAUUGCAUCAUGAGUACCACUGGACGACAGUUGUGUAUGAUGCUAAAGAAAAUUUGUGGAAG